AUGCUUCCAGGUGACGAUCGCGUGAACGUUCAUCCUCAGUUAGCUGUGAUACACACGGUCUGGCACCGUGAGCACAAUCGCAUCGCCGACGAGCUUGCCAGACUGAACCGGGACUGGCCGGACGAGGUUCUGUACCAGGAGGCCAGGCGCAUCGUGAUCGCGGAGAUUCAGCACAUCACGUACAAGGAGUGGCUGCCGAUCCUGUUGGGCAGAAGGUUCACACGGGCCAUGGGUCUCGCCACGGGGAACAAUUACAGCCGCGGCUACAAUUCCGAUGACGAGCCGGCGGUCAGCAACGAGGCCGCCACCGCGGCACUGCGUUUCCUGAAUUCGCUGAUGCAGGGAGAGCUGAGCUUGCCGGACAAUUUCCGCCAGCAGAACAAGACGCUACAGCUGGCGGAGCAUUUCUUCAAUCCGCGCGUAAUCGAAUCGGAGGAGGUGCUCGACGGAUUGCUCCGCGGCCUCGCCACUCAGACCAGCCAGAGGAUGGACAUCAGUCUCAUUCCCGACAUGACAAGCAAAUUGUAUACCAGCAAUGGCAACGAUCUUGGCUUGGAUGCCGUCAGCCUGGACAUCGAACGUGGCCGCGAUCACGGCCUCCCUGGCUACAAUUAUUACCGUAGAUAUUGCGGACUUCCUGCCGCAAAGACUUUUGACGAUUUCCUGGACUUCAUCCCUACGGAG